AUGGCGGUUUAUUUGACUCCGCGGUUCCGGAGGCUGCGGAGUCAGAGCGAGCUCGAGCCGCGGCGGCGGCGAGAUUGUGAUGGUCCUUUUCAAGCAACUCAGCUGUGGAACAGUAUUAUUCACGCUCUUCACAGUCAGGUGGAAAUCAAAAGACGCAGACAACAUCUGAAAACCUAUAAAAACUGUUUCACCGGCUCAAAUGCGGUUGAUGUGGUACUGGCCCAUCUUAUGCAAAGCAUGUACCUGAGCUGUAAUGAUGUUUCUCGGCAGAAGGGAGUCCGUGUGUGCCAAGCGUUGAUGGAUCACAAGGUGUUUGAGCCAGUUGGAGCAAAGCUUUACUUAUUCAGGAAUGAGAAAGAAACAGAGUUUGAAGACACAAACACUAGUCUCUAUAAAUUUGUAAAUAACGAUCUUACUCCUCUUCUUCCAAGAAAGAAUGAAGACAAUGAGAGUUUGUCUCCUGAGCAAAUCUGCAAACAGAAGAUAAAAAGGCGUUCCAACAGAACAAAGUGUGAAACAACACUUUCUAACCCCUUAGCAUUAGAAGCAGCCAAUAAAAAGAGGGUAGAGGAGCUUCUUCAGUCAAUAAAUGUUCACACAUCUUUACCUCCAAAGAUCGUGGUUAAUGAACCAGCUCAUCUGCUUUCAAAAAGAGUAAUAGAUGAUGUCUGGAAACAACAAACUCUGCUACGACUGCUGCAGUUAAUUGAUGUUCCACUUCUAGAAGAUAUCUUGGUGUCUUCAGUGAAGACAAAACCAGACUGUUUUGGCAAAGAAGAAGACCUGAUUAUCUCAAAUACUUUCCUGGACAGAGAGGUUACAUGUAGCUUGAACUUGCCUGAACUUGACAAAUGGCUCUAUGCUGCAGUUGAAUGCUUGGAGUAUUUCCCAGACCAGUUCAUAGUGAUGGUUAGUCAGCAGCUACCUCAAAGCACUAACAAACUGAACAGUCUGAAUACAUACAAGAAGAUUCUUUUUGACACUAUAAUAAAGUAUUAUAGUCAAAAGAAGGACUCCCUUCUUGCCACUCAGGAUCUCAAUAUUCAUUCAGGAAUUAUAGAACUUAUAGAAAAAGGAAAAACAGAUCAAGCUCUAGAGGCAUCACAGCUUUAUUUAAAAUUAUUAGCACCAAAUAUACGAGAAGAACUACAUAGGCUCCUGACAUUCAUAGCCAUUGCAUCUGAAUCAGAGGGCUACAAAUUACAAAAACAAUUUGAUAACAGAUCGGUGAUUGUAAAGACUUGCACAAAGUUCAUCUUGCAGAAUCAGACGUUGUCAAAACCACAAGCAGAACUGCUGACUCAGUUUCUGAUGGACAAUCACUCCGAGCUUUUCAAGACUCCUUUAACUCUUCUGGAACUAACUAGUAGGAGGCUUGAGAAUUUGCUGGAAGGAAAAGAUCCAGAUAUCGAUUCAGGCUUCACCUUCUGUCAGCGUGUAACAACUAAAGAAUAUGAAGAUCAAAAACAACAAACAAGUCAAUAUCUUCUUGCAUUGGUUCAAGAGAUAGACAAUGACUCCACUAUUCCUUUGAAGCAGAAGAAGAAAUUAAUUAAAGAAUUCCGAAAACACCAUUCUCUCAUCUAUUGUGGUGGUUGUAAAACUACAUGUGAAGUUUGUACUCUAAAUGGUUAGAUGUCAAUACAGCCAUUUUUAUUUUUUUUAAAGGGGGAUGCAUAAGAAAAUUGUUCGUGAUACAAACCAUCUUACAUCUUCAGUUACAGGGAAGUAUCAAAAUUACUAUGCUGCUUAAAAGCAUUAAUUGUAAUUUAUGUCUCUUCUCAGAAAAUAUACUUAAUAACUUUUAAAUUAGUAAUAAUGGCACACUGCUUGUGCUGCUUUGAGUUUGGGGAUUGGCACUUUUUUUCCUUGUGUCCUACAACCCUGUGGCUUUCUAGCUGAGCCACGUCUGCAUUCGGAAACAUGCUGGUGUUCAUAACCAGUAAGAUUUUUAAUCUUUUCUAUCUGUAGUUCCUAAUUUAGCUGUAAUUUAAUCUUAAACUGUAGAUUAUGACUCCUGUGAGUAUUGUAAAGGUGUACAAACUAUGUCAAAAACGUUAGGAGCAGGUCAGUGGGUUUUGAAUCUGUGGCAGGCAUGAUUAAUUAGGCUGAGGAGCUGUCUGUGCUUGCAGUCAGUAAUUACACCCUCUUGCUCCUUCCCCACUCUUGCAGACCGAGUGAGCUGCUGCUAAUCUGAUAAUUAUGCAAAAGCAACUAAAAAAAUAAAUUUUGAAAAAACUUGAAGAAUGAUAAGCCUGUUUUAGAUCUCUCAGUGUAGUUAAGUAAUUUAUUUUAACAUGAGGAUACUUUGAUAGUGUCCAGGUGUUUGUUAUAAAUGCUUUGAUACUGUUUAUAUAUCCAUAGGGCAGAGCUAGAAAGCAUGUUGGCCUGUCUUCACACAUUGCUGGUUACCUGUACAUUGACAAGGAAAUGUGGAUUCAAAUCAUUAAAUGAAUAUGUAAUAGAAUGUUAUAGGGCUUAAAUUACUUCCAUUUUCAUGACAGCUUUUUGAUUGUGUAUUGGACAUAGAAAAACAGAGUUGAGAUUGGAAGGGACCUCUGGUCUAGUCCCACCACCCAGCUCACAGUGGAGUCAAUUAAUGCAGGCUGCUCAGGGUCUUUUCCAGUUGAGUUUAGAAUAUCUCCAGGGUUGGAGAUGCCACAACCUGUCAGGUGAGUCUGGUCUAGAUUUUGAUCAGCCUCACAGUGUUUUAAAAAAAAAAACAACCAACCCAACAAAACAAACCCCAAACCAACAAACAAAAAAGAACCAAAAGAGACAAACAAAAACAAAGCCCACCUUAUGUUUAGGUAGAAUUUCUUGUGUUUCUUGCCUCCUGUCCUUUCACUGGGCAGUGUCUGGCUCUGUUGUCUUUACUGUCAAGCCUUCUCAAAGCUAAACGAUCACAGUUUUCAGCCUCUUCCUUGCAUGAGAGAUGCUCCAAUCCAUUAUCAUUUCCCUUUGCUGGACUAGCUCUGCUCUGACCAUGAUUUUUUUUUAUUAUUGUGAAUUAUGCUUCUUCAGGUAUCUACAUCCUCAACUGCUCUUAAAACGUGUGGUCAAAGUUACCAGGAUACCAAAGUUUUCUGAAAGCAAGCAUUGCUUUCUUUUCUUCUAUAAAUUGAAAUGUUUCACUGUUGGAUAGAACCAACUAUGUGUACAGGUAAUAGGUUGUGUUAACUUGCAUAUUUCAAGUGGCCUUAUUUAAACAACCUGGCCCUAUUAGAAGUCAGGGAAUGUAGUUGAAAUAUGUCCAUGUGUCCCUGUUUCUGCAGUUGUUAUUUAACACUGACCGUCUAGUGUAAAAUAACUAAUUUUUGCAGGAGGGGAAGAAAGACCAAGUUUCACUUUUCAGAGGUGAUUUCCCUGAUUACUAGACUACAGGGGCACAUAUUCUUUCUCUAGCCCUGUGUUGGGGUCUUGGUCAUUCUCCCGGAAAAGGGAGCAUGUACAGAAGUAGGAUAUUGAGAACUAUAAACAGGAAAGUAUUUCCUGGUGUUGAGUAGUGGGAGAAGGGAAUUUUAGUUUGGUGUGUUUUUUUCUUUCUCUCUUCAGUCCCUUCACUGGCUCUCACUCAAAAUCUGAAGCUGGUAAUAGGGAGGGGUGACAACACAGUAAUUUGUAGGCUAGACGAACUGGGAAUUGUUUGGGGAAAAACAAUUUUUUUAAAUAAAUCCUUGCACUUUGUGACUUGAUUAUAAUAUUCUUGUGCUAAU